AUCCCUGGGAGUUGUAGUUUCUGCCUCCCUUGAGUAAAGGCUCUGGGGCCAGGGUCUAGAGGUCAUGGAGAACUACAACUCCCGGCAAUACCAGCCCAGCAGCCUUCCACAGGGAGCCGGCGGCGGCGAUUAGACCGGAAGACGCUUCCAGGACUAAAGAAGUGGUGAGACUGAUAUUAAACAUCCAAAACUCCAACAUGAAAUUGUAUUGCCUGUCGGGGCACCCAACCUUACCAUGCAACAUCCUCAAGUUCAAAUCAACCACCAUCAUGUUGGACUGUGGACUGGACAUGACUUCCGCCCUCAAUUUUCUUCCUUUGCCACUUGUUCAAAGUCCCAGGCUGUGUAAUCUUCCUGGCUGGUCCCUGAAGGAUGGAAAUGCUUUCUUAGACAAGGAGUUAAAGGAGUGCUCAGGUCAUGUAUUUGUGGAUUCUGUGCCUGAAUUCUGUUUACCAGAGACUGAGCUAAUAGACCUGUCCACUGUAGAUGUAAUUCUCAUCUCUAACUAUCACUGCAUGAUGGCGCUGCCCUACAUCACCGAGCACACGGGAUUCACAGGCACCGUGUAUGCCACGGAGCCCACUGUCCAGAUUGGCAGGCUUCUCAUGGAAGAGCUGGUGAAUUUCAUUGAAAGAGUGCCAAAGGCUCAGUCUGCCCCCUUGUGGAAGAAUAAGGACAUACAGCGGCUGCUGCCUUCUCCUCUUAAGGAUGCAGUGGAAGUGUCAACCUGGAGGAGAUGCUAUUCCAUGCAGGAGGUGAACUCUGCCCUUAGUAAAAUCCAGCUGGUGGGAUAUUCUCAGAAAAUCGAGCUUUUUGGUGUGGUCCAGGUGACUCCUCUCAGCUCUGGCUAUGCCCUUGGAAGCUCCAACUGGAUUAUCCAGUCCCAUUAUGAGAAAGUUUCUUAUGUCUCUGGAUCUUCCUUGCUUACUACCCACCCUCAGCCCAUGGACCAAGCUUCUCUCAAGAACAGCGAUGUUCUCAUUCUGACAGGGCUUACCCAGAUCCCCACUGCAAACCCUGAUGGCAUGGUGGGAGAGUUCUGCAGCAACCUGGCUCUGACAGUCCGGAAUGGGGGCAACGUGCUGGUCCCCUGCUACCCUUCCGGCGUGAUCUACGACCUCCUGGAGUGCCUGUACCAGUACAUCGACUCGGCCGGCCUCUCCAGCAUCCCCUUCUACUUCAUCUCCCCAGUGGCUAACAGCUCCCUGGAGUUCUCCCAGAUUUUUGCCGAGUGGCUUUGUCACAACAAACAGAGCAAGGUAUAUCUCCCAGAGCCACCUUUUCCUCAUGCAGAGCUCAUUCAGACCAACAAGCUGAAGCACUACCCCAGCAUCCAUGGAGACUUCAGCAACGACUUCCGGCAGCCGUGUGUGGUGUUCACCGGGCACCCUUCGCUCCGGUUUGGGGACGUGGUCCACUUCAUGGAGCUGUGGGGAAAAUCUAGUCUCAACACUGUCAUAUUCACGGAACCCGACUUCUCCUACCUGGAAGCGCUGGCUCCCUACCAGCCCUUGGCCAUGAAGUGCAUAUACUGCCCCAUCGACACGCGCCUCAACUUCAUCCAGGUGUCCAAGCUGCUUAAGGAAGUGCAGCCCCUGCACGUGGUCUGUCCCGAGCAGUACACCCAGCCACCCCCAGCCCAGUCGCACAGGAUGGACCUCAUGAUCGACUGCCAGCCGCCACCCAUGUCCUACCGGCGGGCGGAGGUCCUGGCCCUGCCCUUCAAGCGCCGGUACGAGAAGAUCGAAAUCAUGCCUGAGCUUGCUGACUCCCUGGUGCCCAUGGAGAUCAAGCCCGGCAUCUCCUUGGCAACUGUCUCAGCCGUACUGCACACGAAAGACAACAAGCACAUGCUUCAGCCCCCUCCUAGGCCGGUGCAGCCUGCAAGUGGUAAGAAGAGAAAGCGCGUGAGCGACGAUGUUCCUGACUGCAAAGUGCUGAAGCCUCUGCUGAGCGGCUCCAUCCCCGUGGAGCAUUUCGUGCAGACCCUGGAGAAGCAUGGCUUCAGUGAUAUCAAGGUGGAAGACACAGCCAAGGGCCAUAUUGUCCUGCUGCAGGAAGCGGAAACGCUUAUCCAGAUCGAAGAAGAUUCAACCCACAUCAUCUGUGACAAUGACGAGAUGCUGAGGGUUCGACUGCGGGACCUUGUCCUCAAAUUCUUACAGAAGUUCUGAAGGAGACACGGAGCCAUUUCCUCUCCCUGAAAUUCACUGUGGCUCCCCCCUAAGGAAGGGUGUGAUGGUAUCCUCUGGCAUCAAGAAAACAGCUGGCUCUGAGGGGAAAUAAUCCGGAGCUCCAGCCAGGAUCUGCUGCCUGGCUUCUUGCAGUUUUCCAGGAAAAAACUUUAAGCUUCAGAGUCCUCCUGUCCUUUCCAACUCUGGCACUCUGAAUAGCUAAAGGUGACAUAAGCGUGACUGAACCCUUUUCUAAGAGGCUAACGGUGGACAGGGAAGUAGAAAUGAUGACCAGCUUGUGUGAUGCAGGCCUGUGUUUGGCUUUCAUGGUGCACAGGCCUCUCCUCAGGAACAAGUCUGUUUAUCUGCAGAGUGCUGCACCUACAACGAGAGGGACCAUGAAAUCAGGUCUUUUGUACCUGUGUCCUGUUCUUCAUAAAACUUACUUUUAUAGCAGUGUGCGUGCACUAUCUAACCGAAAACCUAAAUACCUGAAAAAAGAAUAAAAA